AUGGACGCCUCGCUUGAUACACGACCGCACGCCGCUGCCAAUGGCGAAGGCGAAUUGAGUCCCCUUGAGCAAGAAGUUCUGGACGAGUAUGCGAAGUUGGUUGGGAAUCUUGAUGGGCUCUCCACAAUCCUAGCAGAGCUUGCUGCGAACCCUUCGGCGGAAAUCCUGGAUGCGCUGAGGGGUUUGGAGCGCAAGACCACGACGGUUUUUACGUUGUUGAAGGCGAGUGUGUAUAGUAUUGUGCUGCAGCAGGAGAUUUUUGGCGACGAGGCUGGUGGGGAGGAGGGGAGUACGCCGAGGCGGUGA